AUGCGUUAUCUGCCCUUGAAACCUAGGCUACAGCAAUUGUAUAUGUCGACUCCUACUGCCACAGACAUGAGAUGGCAUAAGGAGAAACGGGUAGACGACAAUGUGAUGCGGCAUCCUGCAGAUGGGGAAGCAUGGAAAGAGUUCGAUCGAACGUUCCCCGACUUUGCUGCUGAUCCUCGAAAUGUUAGAUUGGGACUUGCCACUGACGGAUUCAAUCCAUACGGGGUUCUAAACCAACACCACAGCACUUGGCCGAUUUUCGUAUUUCCAUAA